UUUGGGGAAAAGUCUCAUGAAGGGGAGGGGCUGGGUAUCCUGGCUCUCAGAGGAUCCCAGGGUGCCAGGGAUGAUGUCUAGAUCGUCCUGAUUGAUGGUUCCACCAUGUCUCCACAGGACUGGCUAGGAGGCAGGAGAUUCAAUGACAUCAUCUGCCCUUAUCAGACAUAAAAGCACCUGCGGGAACUGCAGACCUUCUUCUGAUUCUGCUGCAGCCAACCCAGAGCCAUGACUCCGGGAUGCCACAUCCUGGCUCUCUCCAUGGCUCUCUGCAUCAUCAGCCUCUUCUGUGCACUCGGAGCCCCAGUGUCCCCCACGGGUGCUCACCUGAUGCUGUGCCAGGCACACUCCAGAUGUGGGGGCAAGCUCUACGACCCCCAGCAGCACUGUUGCUAUGACGACGCUGUGGUGCCCUUGAGCAGGACCCGGAAGUGUGGAAACUGCACCUUCAGGGUCUGCUUUGAGCAGUGCUGUCCCUGGUCACUGAGACCCCAGGAGACCUUCGUGGUAAAAGUGAGAGGCCAGGGGUGCUCCUUGGCACGAACCUUGGAUGACAUGGUUUGUUCCAGUGUCAGCUGACCGAGGACGGGUGACCAGAUGGCUGUGGUUUCUGCUUCCUCAUUGAGUCUGGAGAUGGGCCCUGGUGCUGACUGAGCUCCGGGACUGCAGGGAUUUUGGGGACAGGAGCCUCUCCCAGUCCAUGUGCCCGUCUGAUGCUUGCUCCUCUGGCACUCUAUUCU